AUGGCUGUCAAGCAGCGCCGAAAAGCUCUAUCGAGCGGGCGACCACCUGUAAACAAACCAAAAGAACGCAUGAGCGCGCAGCAAUCAAGAACCAUCAUUCGCACCCAUCAUCGACUGCAGAAAGAGCAUGCAGCAGCUGUCAAGAGAGGAGACACCACCACAGCCGACAAGCUUGCCAGAGCUAUCGAGAACAACGGAGGCAUCAUCAAGUACCAAGCAGCCAGCAAGCAGGGUCAAGCUAAGGAUCGCGGUGGUGACUCGAGCAAGUUGCUUGUGGAGUGGUUGGUCGAACUCGGUGUUGUUGAUCGCAAAGCUCGAGGACAGAAUGCGACGAAGAAGGCAUCCCUGAGAUGUCUCGAAGUAGGGGCUCUCUCGGCAACAAAUGAAAUAUCGAAAUUCCCCAACCUCAUCGAAAUGACAAGAAUCGACUUGAACAGCCAGGGCCCCGGUAUCCAGAAACAGGACUUCAUGGAGCGGCCGCUACCAGGAUCUGAACACGAGCGAUUUGAUAUCCUUUCCUUGUCGCUGGUUCUCAAUUAUGUGCCAGACGCGCCUGGCCGCGGAGAGAUGCUCAAGCGUAUCACUAAGUUUUUAAGAUCAGUACAAGCCGAUGCCACAGAGCACAGUGACACUCUGCCGUUACUGUUUUUCGUCUUGCCUCUGCCCUGCAUCGACAACUCUAGAUACAUCGACGAGUCGCGACUGUUGCAAAUCAUGGACAGUCUUGGCUUUAUCCUUACAAAGACGAGAUUGACAUCGAAGCUGUGUUACUACUUGCUGCGCUGGACCGGGCCUAGGGCCCACGCUUCUUUCGAAAAGAAGAAGAUAAGAGACGGGGCAGCGAUGAACAACUUCUCGAUCGUCGUGGAAUGA